AUGGCUGAACAGAGCUGGUUGACGCGGAUAUUUGCUGAUCAAAUGACCAUUCAGCCUGAACCUCUCCAACGUAAUUGUCCACUCGACAAUGGCCGGCUUCAACCUAGUACAGCGCGAGUCUCUGCUUCUCCGUCUACCGUUGGAAGCUUAGAAUGUAUUCCACUUGAGAUUAUGCAUAUGAUCUUAAAUUUACUCGACUUGCAAUCUCUAACAGACAUUAGAGCUAUCGAAGGUCGGGAAAGCUUGACUGGGGAGUUUCAUGUCAAGCAUGUCACCAUGGGCCUCGAGAUGAAAGCCGUGGAUAUUGUGAUUGGAAUACUGUUUACUCCACUUCUGGAUACAUUGACCAUUUUCAGAAGUUGCAAAGUUCGACCAGGAAGGGGUUUUGCCGUGAAAGGAUGGAGUUUGGAGGAUAUUGGGGAGGUAUCUUUUGUCUUUGCUAAAAUCGGAAGAAGCGAUGAUACCGAGUUUGAGAUUCCUUCUUUCGACUCCUUCUAUUUCAAUUUUGCUCUCCGAGCUGCCAGCAUUUCCCUUGGUGACUGGGAAUAUGGGCACAUCUCUCAAACAGCGAGAACUCAACUAUAUUUGUGGAUAGAUGGCCACAAUAUUGGUCCAGAAUUCUGGGGGUAUCUGACUGAAGAGGGUAGAGUGAUCGGAUUCCUCAAGAAAAAUGUGGAAGGACGUCAUGCUACUAUCUCGGAUCUUCCAGCUUGUAAGGCUGCGCUUAGAUGGCUAGAUGAUUUGGGAGGUAGUGAGGCCAUGGGGAAGGAAUUGAGGAGAUUGGAAGAUCAGAUGCUGGGGUAA